AUGAGUUCAAAUAUGACGAGCAAAUCCAAAUCAAGAAAGGCCACUAGUCCUCAAACUGGUGGUCAGCAAAUUGGUGGGAGCUUAAAAUCAAUGAAGGAUAAAUCCAGUCAGCAAGAGAAGGAUGUACAAGAGGGUUCAAGCUUGAAGACUGCAGGCCCUGAUGGGAAGAUAACAGCAGGUUUUAUGUUGAAGAAAAGUGCAAAAAAUAAUGGGUGGAAAAGAAGGUGGUUUGUCUUAAAUGAGAAAACUGGAAAGGAAUGUAUUGUCGAAGAAGUGUCUGAUGAUGAAGAGCCUUCUUCAAAGAGUUCUAAGGACAAGGAGAAGAGUUCCAAGGACAAGGAGAAGAGUUCCAAGGAAAAGGAGAAGGCUAGUGGACCUGAUUCUGGUAAAGCACCUGGUCUUGUACUGAAAUUCACAAGCAAGGUUCCAUACAAGACUGUUCUUAAAGCUCACAACUCUGUUAUCCUAAAAGCUGAGAGUAUGGCGGAUAAGGUUGAGUGGUUAAACAAGUUAGGAAAAAUAGCCCAAAUUUCUUAUGGCAGUCACAUGAAGGGUGAAUCUGGUUUGCCAAUGCGGCAAAGUCUGUCUGAUGGUUCUCUUGAUACAAUGGCCAGACGACCUGCUGAUCCAGAGGAAGAACUCAGGUGGAUGGCUCAAGAAGUACGUGGAUAUAUUGAAGCUGUUCUGAACAGCCUUGCUGCCAAUGUUCCAAAAGCUGUGGUUCUUUGCCAAGUGGAGAAGGCUAAGGAAGAUAUGCUUACUAAGCUGUACAGUUCUGUCAGUGCUCAAAGUACUGCAAGGAUUGAAGAGUUGCUGCAGGAGGACCAAAAUGUAAAGCGCAGAAGGGAUCGCUAUCAGAAGCAAUCCUCCCUUCUUUCAAAACUCACUAGGCAACUUAGCAUUCAUGACAAUCGGGGAGCUGCAACCUCUGGCAUGUUGGAAAAUGGUGUUGGACCAGAAAGCAGCCCAAGAAGUGGACCUGGUGAUGAUUGGAGAUCUGCUUUUGAUUCUGCAGCUAAUGGUUCUGCUGACUCGUAUGGUGGCUCAUCGAGGUAUGGCUCCAAUGGUUACAGUCGACACAGUGAUUCGCUUGAAAAUGGCGAUAUAAGCUCAAGCUCAAGAUCCAGCAGCCGCCGCACGCCCACUCGAAUGGCACCUGCACCACCUGGUUCUUCAUUCAAAUAUUGA